UCUAAACUUAAACUUGAAUUCCUUGAGAACACUCCAGCACUGCAGUUCAACUAUUUGGUUAAAGCUGUUACACACAUUUUCAUAUGAAAUAUUGGUGAGAAGGCCCAUGGAUUAUAAAUUCCUGAUUUCUCUUCAUAUGCUGCAGUUUCGAUCUUUCUAUUUACACAAAGUAGAAGAAUUUCUCAUAAACAGAGGAGCAGAUUAUCAGUGUUGGAUGUGAAGAUGGGACACACUUUGCUCUCUCUGCUGGGGUUUUUCUUGCUGAAUUUACUUUACCGUGGACAAGCUCAAGAUGCUGUGCUGACCAUUGAGCCAAACCGGACCACUUUUUUCAUCGGAGAGUCUGUUACCUUCAAGUGUGACAUUACAGGAGACAAAGACAGCGACUGGUCUUACUCAAUCCACUGGAAUGGUGGAGGAUUUCUCUCUUACCACAAACAUGAGAGCUUUAAAUUACCCUCAGCUACAGGCUACAGUGGUGAAUACCAAUGUUUUUUUCAUCAGAACGGCUCAACAAAGGAAAGCAAUACAAUCUAUCUAACUGUAUCAGAUAGAAUCGUGAUCCUGGAAAGUCCUGCGUCCACUUUGUUUGAAGGAGAAUCAGUGACUCUGCGCUGUAGGCAUCGUACUCAGAGAGAGGAGAAUGUUGCCUUCUACAGAGACGGAUCAUUGAUCACAACAGACAGAAACCACCAGUCACCAAUAAUGGCAAAACACACUGUUCAAGUAAUGUCAGACGGGAGCUCUUACAGUUGUAAAUUUGGCGAUGAAGAAUCUGAACCAAUAAAACUGAGAACUGAACCAACACCAAAGGCCCAGCUGAGAGACAUAUUUCCAGGAGGGGGCAAUGUGACUCUAACUUGCUCUGUAGGACCAUCAUCAGCUUCUGGUUGGAGAUACUUCUGGUACAAAAAAGAGAACACCUCUGAACCCCUGAAGACACAAGAUGUUUUCCUCACAAAUGACCGAAUCAGUGUCUCACGAGGAGGCGUCUACUGGUGCAGAGGAGGAAGAGGAAACCCUGUUUACUACACAGAGUACAGCGAUGCAGUCGUCACAAACAGGGCUGUUGUGACCCUGCGACCCAACUGGCCUGAGAUUUACUCUGGAGAAACUAUCACUCUUACAUGUGAAAUUAAGGAUGGAGGAGACUCUGAGUGGGAUUAUAUAUGGAUGACACCCGGGUCAGAAACACCUCUGACAUCUGAACCUAAAUAUACUCUGACCUCACAAAGUGGAGACUACGGGUGUAUGGGCAGACUGAAAGGUGACAUGUCUUCAACCCAGUGGAGUGAUGUCCUCACAUUGAAAGUAUCUGACAACACACCUGAGCCUGUCCUCACUGUGUCUCCAUCAUGGCCGAGUCCUGGAGCCUCAGUAACUCUGAACUGCAGGGUUGAUCAUCUUUCUGCUGGCUGGAGCUUCUACUGGUAUAAGGCUGUUCCCCAAAAGUCAGGCUACUCCUACAGCUAUGAGCUGCUACCUGGCAGCCACACAGGGACUGAACAGCAUCUCUUCAUCAUUGAUGGACAAACACACACAGCAGGAUAUGUGUGCAGAGCAGGAAGAGGAGAUCCAGUGUUUUACAGUGGGCAGAGUGAACCUAAAUUUAUCUGGUCUGGAGAUUUGAAUUCAGCAGCGUCUCUCACAGUGAGUCCUGACAGUGUGCAGCACUUCACCAAAACGCCUGUGUCUCUGAGCUGUGAGGGAAACUCCACUGAGUGGAGAGUGAUGAUGCUAUCGGAAUCUGACAAGCUUUAUCGAUGUUCUUCCUUGGGGACAAUGACUGGAUCCACAUGCACAAUAACCAGAUACUGGCUUAGUGGAGUGUACUGGUGUGACUCUGAAACAGGACAGUUCAGUAAUGCAGUCAACAUCACUGUGAGGUCACUAUAUGGUGAAAUUAUCCUGCUGAGUCCUGUCCGUCCUGUGGCUGAGGGACGUUCUGUCACUCUUAGCUGCAAGUUAAAGACACAAACUGUUUAUAAUGUGGAUUUCUAUAAAAAUGACAAACUCAUCCAGAACGAUACCAGAAGGGAGCUGACCAUCUCUGCAGUGUCAAAGUCAGAUGAAGGCUUUUAUAAAUGUAAACAGAGAGAUUCAGCAGAUGGUUGGACGUCACCAGAGAGUUGGUUCUCAGUAAAAUCGUCCAUGCAUGGAGAAGCCUCUGAAUUUCCCAUUCUGCUGAUCGUUGGGCUGCUUUGUGGAGUUUUACUGAUUAUUCUCCUGCUGCUGUUCCUGUAUUUAUACAGAAAGUCAAAAGAUUCAUGCUAUAGCAGAUCUCAGAGGACCAAUCAGGGCCCUGCUACAGACCACAUGAUCAACCAGGACGAAACUAACCAAAGAGAAUAUGCUUCUGUUCUUCAGGAUAAUGCCUGUCUCUAUGAAACAAUCAAAGGCCCUGAAGAACCUGCAAAUGAUGAAUCCACGGAUGUGACAUAUUCUGUGCUCGAGCUCAAAAACAUUUCUAAGAAGGGGAAGAAAAAUGAACCGGAGGAUUGUGUUUACUCACAUGUGCAGAUGGCAUCAGCUGCAGGGAAGUCAAGUCCUGCACCAGCGGAUGAAACUGUUUAUUCUGAACUCAAACCAGGAACAGGUCUUGGUAAAAAUGCAGCUGUUAAAGUGGACGUAUGUGUGAGAGACAGAGAGUCAGUGUUCGAUGUGAAGAUGGGACACACUUUGCUCUGCGCGCUGGGGUUAUUCUUGCUGAACACACGUCUACAAUGCUGUGACGCUGAAGAUGCUUUGACUCUAAAGACCAACUGGUCCACUUUAUACACGGGGGAAACUGUUACGCUCGCAUGUGACAAAAGUGACGGCCAAGACACUGACUGGAGUUACACCUUCACCAGGAACAAUUCAAAACUCGAUUUCUGCAAAACAAAGAAGUCUUCUUGCUCAUUCAAGUUAACGAAAAACGACAAUGGCCAAUACCAGUGCAGUGUUUUUCAAACAAAGACAAAUUCUACAAAUCAGAGUAAUAUAGUCCGUCUGACUGUAUUAGAUAAUCCAAAACCUGCUCUCAAUGUGUCUCGUUCAUGGCUGAGUCCUGGAGCCUCCGUCACUCUGAACUGCAGUGUUACAGAUUCAGCAGCAGGGUGGAGGUUUUACUGGUAUAAGGCCGUUGCCAAUCUGUCUAUCAACUCCAACUACAGCUUUGAGCUACUACCCGGCAAGAGCAAUGGGACUGAAAACAAUACCUACGUUGUUAAUGGACAGAUACACACAGCAGGGUAUGUGUGCAGGGCUGGAAGAGGAAACCCUGUGCAUUACUCUUGGUAUAGCAAACCAAAGUUUGUCUGGUCAGGAGAUUCUCAUGCACCAUCAGUCAAAGUGAGUCCUGACAGAGUGCAGCACUUUUCCUCAGAUCCUGUGUCACUGAGCUGUGAGGGGAACCAGUCAAGAGUGGUGAGGUUCACUGAAGCAGGCCAUCUGUCAAACUGCUCUGACUGGGGGAGAAAGAACGGAUCUACAUGGAUCAUCAAAAAUCUGACAAACAAAACAGCGGUGUACUGGUGUGAGUUUGCAUCUGGUGAAUUCAGCAAUGCAGUCAACAUUACUAUAGGCCUACAAAGUGAUGUUAUCCUGGUGAGCCCUGUCCAUCCUGUGACUGAAGGAGAUUCUGUUCGUCUUAGUUGCAAAGUGAAGAGCGGAUCAUUAUCUUUUAAUGUUUCUUUCUUUCGAAAUAAUACUCUCCAAAAUUAUACCAGUGCUGAGCUGAGGAUCUCUGCAGUGUCAAAGUCAGACGAAGGCUUCUACAUGUGUCGAUACGCAGAAAAAAAGUCAGCACAGAGUUGGUUGUCAGUAAAAUCAGCAUCCAGUCCUGGAAAAAUGAACAGAUCAUCUAUUCUGCUACUGAUCAUUGGGUUGGUUUGUGGGAUUGUUGUGUUCAUUUUCCUGCUGCUAUUCUGUUGCUGCAUGAAGUCCAAAGAUUCAAGCUUUGCAAGGACCACACUGUUUCAGAGAACCAAUCAGGGCUUUGCUCCAGAUCAACUGGUUAAUCUGAACGAAAUUCAACCGCAGCAUCCUUCCUCUCAUCUCCACGAUGAAUCCGGCGAUGUCACUUACUCUUCGAUUCACCUUAAAGACAUUAGAAAGACCGAAAACUCCUCUGCUGCAGAAGAAACGGUUUAUUCUGAAGUGAAACUAGACAAAGCUCCUGGUAAUAAUGUUACAUGCAUCUUCUUUAUUUAAAACACAAAUAUUUUUUAAAUAACCUUUUAUGUCUGCUUUCUCUCUUAUUUCCCCCCAGGUCCUU